UCCACGCGGUGGCGACAAGCAGACGCCAACGUAGCAUUUGCUCCAUUUUCUGACUCUCCCAAACUGUUGAGCGAGCAGAAAGUAGACGGAAUCUGAAGUGUUAGACGCUCGUGAUUCUUCUUUCGCAACUUUUCUCCUGCCAUGGCACGGCGUCGUCCCGGUGGUGGGCUGCGAGACGAGUAGCAUAUUCUUGUCGUUGGGGCCGCAGACUUCUCGCUCUGCUGAAAGUUCAGUGAACUUGUGCGGCUCCUCUUCUUUCCUUUCGGGUGGCGGUGCUUUCGUUAGCAGUGCUCGCCGGCUUGUUCGGACAAUCAUGACAGACCAGCCGACGGAGGUCUUCCUUUACGAGCAGGUGCUCAUCCUGGUCUCUUGCCUGCUCUCUUUCCUGGGCUCGUGUGUCAUUAUCUGCACCUACGUGCUGUGGCCGGACCUGAGAACCAAACCUAGGCUGCUGCUGGUGUUCCUUUCGGUGACCGACCUGCUCUCCGCCCUGUCCUACUUCUACGGGGUCCUGCAGAACUUCCAGACGGACUCAUUGGAUUGCGUUAUCCAGGGAGCGGUGUCCACUUUUGCUAACACCAGUUCUUUUUUCUGGACAGUGUCGGUGGCGCUUUACCUGUACAUCAUCAUCGUCAGGGCGGACCAGCGUCUGGCGGACAGCUUCUUGUUGUGGUUUCACAUCCUCAGCUGGGGCCUACCCCUUGGGAUUACCGUUGCUGCUGUUUCCCUUCAGAAGAUUGGCUAUGAUGCCUCCAGAGUGUCUGUGGGCUGGUGCUGGGUCCGCAUUCAGGCUAAAGAUCACAUUCUGUGGAUGCUGCUGACCGGGAAGCUCUGGGAGAUCAUGGCCUACUUGAUCCUGCCGCUGCUUUAUCUCCUCAUCAAAAAGCACAUUGGCAGAGCGCACGCCGCUCUCUCCGAGUAUCGGCCCAUACUGGCCAGCAGUCCAGUUGCCCAAAGCAGAUCCGCCAUGGCAGAUCGAAAGCUCACUCUCAUCCCUGUCAUCUUCAUCUUCCUGAGAAUCUGGAGCACCAUUCGGUUCUUCCUCAUGCUCACUAAGUCACCAGCAGUGGAGAAUCCUGUUCUGAUGAUUUUGCAUGGCAUUGGAAACACUUUCCAAGGAGGUGCCAACUGCAUUAUGUUUGUCCUGUUCACCCAGGUGGUGCGCUCCAGACUGGCAUCUGCCUUGUGUUGCUGCAGGUAUGAGAAUGGCUGCUCUUGUUGCACUGGUACUGAUGAAGGUGUCCCCCAAAACAGGACUCUGUGCACUGAGGAGAUGAACUCUUCCCUCUGGCCUAAUGGGGAUUGACCGCUUUGGUAAUAAACUUGACAUACACCAGGGAAAAUCAUGUUUUUUUGAGUUAUAAGCACCAGGCUGUAUGGGGUCGAAGCCCAAGGUGCUUAGUCACUCGUCAAAAAGCACUUUGGUACAUUUUGUCACUUUUGUGACCCAUAAGGCAGUCAGGAAUUUUCUCUGCAGCUGGCAGCUAAUCCCUCCAUCUUCAUUACUCUCUUGGACUACUGGUGUCCAGUUUUCAGGUGUUGGCAUUUACUUUUUUGGUUCUUCAUUGUUUUGCUUUCCAAGUGUCAAUGUGAUGAGCUUUCAUAAGGACUUUGUCAGAAAAUGCAAUAUUAAGUGUACUAUACCAAAAUAAAAUCCAAUUUUUUUUUAUAA